CGUUUUCCUCAGCUGCAAAGAAUUGAUAUCAGGGAGGGGAGAUUAGGUUGCUGGAAACGUGGGACGUGGAUGAAGUUUGAAAAUCAAGAUUACCUGCUCGAGUUUUACUUCCCAGCGUUAUAUAAGUCAUAGUUUAAGCAUGGACCCGUUUGUAAAAUUCACAAGUCAGAGUCAGGGAAGGGACCGCAUAUUCAGGGCAGCUCAGUAUGCGUGUUCACUGUCCAUUUAUUUAAUUCGAAACAACUGUGAGAAAAAGGACCUUGAGGCAAGACUUAAAAGGCUGGAAAGCAGCUUGAGUGCUGGACGAAAAUUGCUCAGACUGGGAAACGCAGCAAAUUCCAUUGAGGCUGCCAAGCGAUCCGUGCAACUCUCAGACCGAGUGCUGCGCCUGUGCCUUACUGUGGCCAACAUGAACCGUGCCCUCUACUUUAUCUGUGACAAUGUACUUUGGGCCAAAAGUGUUGGUCUCAUCCGCAAUAUUGACAAGGAACGCUGGAGCUUAAAUGCCUCUCGCUUCUACUUUAUUUCAUUGGUUAUGCACCUAACCAGAGAUGUUUAUGCAGUUCUUCAGCUGAUGACAAAGAAGUCAAGAGAUAAACACUUUAAACAGAAAAUGGAUCAGCAUCUCACUGAGAAUCCUGAAGUAGCUGAAGUUCUCAUCCCUCAGCUGGAUGGUUUUAUCUUUCUGCUUUUGGAAACCCUGAAAUCACACCCGGCUCUUGCCUUGGAUUUUGUGAAAAACAUCUCUGAUCUCUUCAUGCCCUUAGAUAAGCUUGGUUUAUAUCAGUCAAAUGCAGGAGUGAUGGGAUUCUGUGGUCUGAUAUCCUCGCUUGUUGGGAUUGUCACCCUUGCACAGCCCACGCUAAAGAUCUCACCGUGAUAACACGGGUGGAGUUAAACAUUAAAAAUCAAAUGCAGAUAAAAGGGUUAAUCAUGAUAGGUGUGUUUCAGAGGUUGGUGGAGCUGUAAUGUUGGACAGAGGUUAACCUGGUGAAGACAACAAUGUACAUUUUGCAACACCUGUUUUACACCAAACCCCAAGCCAGGAAUAACUAAGGAACUCGAACGUUUCUAGAAUGACUGGAUUUGACUGUUUUGUCCAACACGCUGGAUUAAUUUCAAAAGGGAGCAAACCUAGUUAAUGUUGUAUCCUUGCAUAGUUGUUCUAUUUCAGAAGAUCCAAAGCUAGACUAUUUUGUAGCAGCAGCUGUUUGGCACUGUAGUUAAAAAUAAGGGCUUUUAACUGGUUUAAAAAUGUAAAAUGUUAGUCUAGGUGACUGUCACUUUAAGGUCCACUAUUUUCUUUUUCUGUUUUCUGUUUGAAAAUGUUUCACCUAAUUUAGAUUCAAGUAAUGAAUAAGCUGCUUAUCAGCCAAAUCCAGCACCAAUUUCAGAGAUUUUUUUUUUUUUUUCCAUUUGGCAUUGGCUGAAGUUUGCGAGUAAUUUAUAGUUUGUAUGUAUUUAUGUAUGCAUUAAUGAAAGG